AUGCCAACUGCCUUGAUUAUUGGUGCUGGGCCUAGGGUCGGCCAAGCCUCUGCUGAGGCUUUUACAGCAGCGGGUUACCAGGUUGCCGUGGCAUCUAGGAAACAAAGCAUUGGCCCAAAUUAUCGACACUACACCCUCGAUGCCUCCGAACCAGACCAGGUUCCAGCGCUCUUCGAGAAAGUUUCCGCAGACCUCGGCGUACCGAGUGUUGUCAUAUAUAACGCGGCAUACAUGAGCGGCAUGACGCCCCCUGACAGCCCGUUUGAGAAAGGUCUGGAAGACUUCCAAGCCGGUAUGAACGUAAACACCACUACCCCUUUCAUGGUAGCACGGGAGGCCGUGAAAGGCUUCGAGAAGCUUGGACCUUCUCAACUCGGCCCCGCCGGGGGCACCUUCAUCUUUACGGGGAAUAUGUUGAACGUCGCCGUUAUGCCGGGAAUGUUAACUUUCGGAAUGCAAAAGUCUGCUACCGCGAAUAUGAUCAAGCACCUUGCUGAAGCUGCUUACAACGGAAAGCCUUAUAAAUUCUACUAUGUCGACGAGAGGCACCAAGAUGGAACUCCCAUGCUUACCGACCUCAACGGUCCUGGCCAUGCGCAGCACUUCCUUAACUUGGUAAAGGAUGGUAAACAGAGACCUUGGGAUCAGACUUUUGUUACGGGGAAGGGCUAUGUCGAGUUUCCAUGA